AUGACCUCAGUCCUCUUCUACAACCCCGACAACACACCCGAAGAACUCGCCCACAGUUCUCCACCCUCUCACAACGACGCCAACUGGCCCUGGUUCAAAACCAACCACCCACACGACAAUCAACCAUGGAAGAAGGAUGAUACAAAGCCGCCUAAUAUCCCAGGUCUUGCAAGACUUAAUAUUCUCCAGGGGUUCUCCCUUCUCGGUGGGGCGGGGUCGGUGGUCCACGAGAUUCAUGCCGUGGAGUAUCAGAAGGCUUUGGCACUUGCUUCUUCAGAGGGGCGGUACCGACCAUGGUCCACCAACUCGACUGACAAGGCUGAGGUCCCGACAAUGAUGACGACCGACCUGACGAUGAUAGAGAAGGAGACGACGGAGGGAGCGAACGCGAUAGCAAGAGGAGGUGGUGGAGGAGGAGGAGACCAAUUAUGGCCAUGGUCGUGGGCUCAGAAACUCCAAGCGGCCACGACGGGGUCGAGGGGCACGAUGAAGCGGUACAGGAUCACGAUCGAGGAACUCCCGGGGGAGGUUUCUGCCGACGGUUCAGCCCUCGCCUCCACUUCCGCCUCCGCGACCUCUACCGCUGAUGUUGCUGCUUCUGAAGCAGUGGUGGGGGCUGGUUUGGAGGAUGUGAAGAAGGUGGCGACGACGACGGCGAUGAUGCCGACGGGUGUCAUUGAGUGGCUGUUGAAUGUCAGCUAUGAUAAGCCUUAUGGCUUCCGCACACCUCCUGUUGAAGAGAAGAAGGGUAGCGAUGAGAGUCCAGAGUCCGCAGCUGCGGUUGUUGCUCCUGUCAUUACUGUUGUUGAUGAGGUGGUUCCGCAGGUACCUCUUCCAGACCAAGACCCGUCGUCCUUGUCGUCUGUUCCUGUCGUCGUGGUUGCUGCUAGUACAGCCCCGCCACCAACUGCCGAGUCUUCUGGUGGAGCGGGGCCUGAACCUGUUGCCACCAAAAUCGAGUCUCCUGUCAUCGCAACAAGUGCUGCUUCUACUGUUGUGGACCAGCUUGCAGUUGCUUCUGCCGCCCCUGUCCCUGCCAAGCCAUCAGAGGCAGCUCCUUCUUCGGUGUUGGUCAACAAGGUGAUGGAGGUCCGACCGUCCUGGGAUAACAACAACAAUACCAGCCAAGAUUCUCCUUCUCGAACGAGAGAGUGGCCACCCCACCGCCGCCAGGACCAACGUCGUCCAUCCGAGUCGUUCACACAGACGACGAUCACCCGCCCAGAUGGAACCGUCGAAUCCAAGACCGUGACAUUUAACCGGCAGUCCGGAGUUACCGAGACACAUACCCGCAUCCAACGACCUGACGGGUCCUUCCUUGAAUCCUCUACCCACCGCAUCAACCCUUCAUUGCGCGAUGCGCAGGAGAAGGAGCAGCAGCAGCAGCCGGUGCCUCAGACGCGUCAUGAGGGAGAGAACCCUUAUCGGAACCAUUUGAACCGUGUUGCUAUUCAACAACAACAACAACAACAACAACAACAGCAGAAUGACGCCAAAGUUGUCGCAGCCACCACCACCACCACUUCAGCUUCAGCCGCCGCUUCUACAUCCACUCCUCCUACUCCACCUUCAUCGUCGUCGUCGUCGUCAUCUCCAUCCCAGCAUCGUCCAAGCUUCCGAGAGCGCUGGGCCCAACGCCGCCAAGAACACCGCGAGUUCCUUGAAGAGCUCCGCGCCGAACGCGAACGCGAACGCCCCCACACCUCUCAAGACUGCGACCAAGGACGAGGACGCCAAGACGAUCGGAGGAGAGAGCGCCGACAGGAGUUGAGGGAUGCUGAGGCGAAACAGCGGGAGACUACUGCCGCCGCAUACGGAUUCGUCCCCUCUUCUUCUUCUUCUUCUUCUUCGGCUUCAGAGUCGUCGUCGUCGUUGAAUGGACCCCGCGUCGACCGUGAGCGUGAAGACCAUCGUCAUCAUCACCGGGAUCGCUUGCGUCUUGGGCGCAGAAAGGAGGACGAGGAGAAGGAGGACGACGGGGAAGGUAGACAACAGUACAGGUCGCGGUCUUGGCCUCCAAAGGGGUACCUCAAGCGCCAGGAGCGUGAACAGCAAGAUCAACAGCAAUCUCGUCAUAACGUUUAG